CCGAUUUCACUAAAAAAGCGCGUGGCAAUUGCUCUGUAUGCACUAGGAUCUUCUAGUGAAUACAGAUCAAUUGGACAUUUGUUUGGAGUAGGCAAAGCAACUGUUUGCAAAAUACUCAUCGAGUUUUGCAAUGAAGUUGGGACAUCUUUGGCUCCAAUAUAUUUGAAAAAUUUUCCACUGACAAGGGCGCAAAUUGAGAAUGGAGUCGCAGAUUUUAAUGCAAUGGGCUAUCCACAAUGUAUUGGAGCAAUAGAUGGAUGUCAUAUUGAAAUUCAUCCAAGAAAGGAAGAAGCCAUUGAUUACUACAACUACAAAGGGUGGUAUUCCGUAGUACUAUUGGCUUUGGUAGACGCAAAAUAUAGAUUUGUUUAUAUACAUUGCGGCAGUCCUGGAAGAUGCAACGACUCCGGAAUUUUUGAAAAAUCAUCGCUAAAGCGCGAGUUGCAAAGUUGUGCACUUCUUGAUGAAUUGAGCUUGCUGUAUGGAUCCACAAAAAUACCAGUCCAUAUUAUAGGGGACUCUGCUUUUCGUCUCUCUCAGCAUUUAAUGAAGCCAUAUCCUGCAAAGAGUCCAAUUGGUUUAAAUCUGAAAAACAACUUUUCACCAGAACAAUAA